UGUUUUUACAACACUGUUAAUCUUGCAGGCACAAGCACUACCUACCAUCGGACACUUGCAUCCUGAAUUCACUAAGAUAAUGGAUGACAUAAAAAGUGGAGUACAGUAUCUUUUUCAAACUGAAAAUCCAAUGACGUUUGCCUUGUCUGCAACAGGGCAUGCUGCAAUGGAGUGUGUUAUGACGAAUAUGUUAGAACCUGGACAAGUCGUCUUAAUUGCCAAUAACGGGAUCUGGGGAAUUCGUAGCCAAGAUAUGGCAAAAAGGCAAGGUGCUGUUGUACACGAGUUAAACACUCCAACAGGAUCUAACUUUACCCUCAGUGAGCUAGAAGAGGGAGUUAAGAAGUAUAAGCCUAAUCUACUCUUUGUUACUCACGGUGAGAGUAGUACUGGUGUUGUUCAACCCCUGGAAGGGGUGGGAGCAAUGUGCCACGCCAACAAUUGCCUCUUUGCUGUUGACACAGUUGCAAGCCUAGGGGGUGUUCCUUUAGAGGCUGAUAAACUUGAGAUAGAUGUUAUCUAUACUGGAAGCCAGAAGGUUCUAGGUGUUCCCCCGGGUACUGCACCAAUUUCCUUUAGUUCCAGAGCUGUAGAACAUUUUCAGAACCGGAAAACCGCUCCACGAUCUUUCUACCUGGAUCUGGGUUGGCUGGGAGAAUACUGGAAUUGCUGGCCUGGAAAAGGUCGUGUUUACCAUCAUACAGGACCGGUCAACUCAAUGUACGCUCUCAGAGAAGGGUUAGCCAUCCUAGCAGAGGAGGGGCUAGAGAACUGUUGGAGACGGCAUAGGGUGUGCGCUGAUCUUCUCCACGAAGGAUUAGAAAAGCUUGGACUAGAACUUUUUGUAUCCAACCCAGCAGCCAGACUUCCAACUGUAAAUACUAUCAAGGUUCCAGAAGGCGUAGAUUGGAUGGCGGUAUCAAGCUAUUGCAUGAAAAAGCAUCUCGUGGAAAUAUCCGGAGGUCUGGGGCCUACUGCUGGAAAAGUGUGGAGGAUUGGUGUAAUGGGAAACAACGCGAACAUCAAGACCAUCAACAAGGUCUUGGACACCCUCAAGGAGGCUCUGGAGUCUGUUGGAUACAAGAAAUAAAAUUGGAUUAUCUAAUCAAUAAAUUGAUCAUUUAGUUCAUCAUUGUAACCUUUUUAUUAACUUUUGUUAAUUUAAAUAAAGAUCAGUUUUCUCCGA